GAGAUUUAGUGUUAAACAUGGUUGACGCAUGUUUGUGGUUAAACCCAGAUAUUUUCUACCAUGGGGUCGUAUAUGCUCAUUCAAAGUUAUCUAUUCCUUAUUUAAAAAAGGUGAUCACCUACGCUAAAAGUAAAGGCAUAAACGGAGGUUACCCCCAACUUUCUUGGUCAAUAUGGAAGCACAUGGCAGUCAACAAGAUGCUGUUAGCUGAGGACUUGGCUUGGUCUUAUUUCGAAAUGUUUUUAACACUCAGAGAUGUAACUGCCGAUGAGAGAAUUCAACAGGCAGAGUUAGAGCAGCAGUCAAUUGAAGCAGGUGACUCGUUAUCCUACAGACAACGUGUUUCUGUCCCUACAUUACAGUUUGUGUUGUUCCUUUAUAUUCAACAAAGCAACAAAAUGUCGCUCAGGAAAUCUGUAAUGGUUGACGAGUGGCCGGGUUACAGUCCAAGAUCUGUUGAUGGAUUAAGUGGAAAAAGUGACGGCUCUUCUAAUUUAGAUGAACAGAAACAUAACACGUUCAUACAAGCCAAUUUAUCCCAAAUAUUGGAGCUUCUUUCUGAAGGUUUUAAAGCUGAAAUAUCAGUAGAAUCCACCCUUCAUGCUGAUGUGGUAAAAGCUCUCGGGUUCAUUGUUCAAGGAAAGUUACCCAAGCAAGCAGCAGUGAGCUCUAUAUAUGAUAUAGCAGUGAAACAUCGCGUGCAAGCAAAGUCAGGAUUCAUGAAGACUUCCGGAAAUUUCUCGAUCCGAACUUUCGAAAGUUGGUUUCAAACUUCACUCUCUCAAAACCCGUACGGUUUAUCAUCGUGCAUCACUGGAGGGGUGAAGUUAAGAUGGGUCACGGCAACACUGAAAAAUCAGGAACAAACGCGGAAAAAGCCUCGGAUAGUGACCAACUCCCCAUCAGCACCUAGUGGGCAUAAAAUCGUGUUUUUCACUCAGUGUUCAAACCAAACAAUCGCUCGACAAACGGAGACUUUAAGAGGAAGUUACGUGAAGUUACACAGAUGCCAUAAAGCAUAUAUUUAUCUCCUAUCUCCACUAAAAUCUGUGAGUAUUGAAAAAUGCACUGGCUCCACUUUUGCAUUAGGGCCAGUAGCGACUUGUAUUCGGGUUGUAAGUUGCCAAAACAUCACUAUCAUAGCCCCUUGUCGCUCGAUAAUGAUAACUGGCUCAGAGGAUGUCACGUUAUACAUUACAACUCCCACCCAACCCAUAAUAUCAAGCGAUAACACCGCCUCUCAUGAAGAACCUCCCGUAACUUUCGCACCUUACAAUACUUUCUACCCUGAUCUUGAGCGCCACCUAGCUGAAGUAGGGCUCACCAUCUCCCCGCAAACUGAUAAAUGGAAAACUCCGAUUUGCGUCGGAAAUCUAAACAACAUCACUCUAAACUCCUCAAGAUUAAGUGACGUUGUAAGAGCGAGGUCUCCUAGGUCUUCUGGGUCAGGUGAUGCUUAUCAAAUGGACGAGGAUACUUUAUUCCGAACCAUGCCCCCCUCGGACUUCUACCUUUUCUCAAUCCCAUUUAAAUUUCCUCUAGAGGGCACUGAUCAGUCAGUGACGACGGAAAUACCUGGCGGCUUACCCCUGGAAUACUCGCAAGCUGUUAAAUCUAAACAGAGAGCAAUUGAAAGAUGGAAGAGAGCUCUAAGGGAUUCCACAAUGACAAAAGAAGAAAGGACAUCAUUCCAGUUCCUCGUAGAGGAGAAAUUUAAAGAGUGGUUGAAAGAAACGGGGAAUCAACAGCAGUUGGAUGAUCUGGGGAAAAGAUAAAAGGAGAAUUUAA